AUGUAUUCCGUCUCUCUUUGGUUCAAUACGAGUAAGGUUCUCAAGAAGCAGCCUCGGAACACUGAUGAACCUUACAACGUCCGCGCUAUGCCAACAAGUGACUUCUUUCACAUAUGUAGUUCCACAGCUACUGAAAACAGGAAACAAAAUCAAAUCAUUGAGAAUCGCAUCGACCAAGCCGCACUAUCGAAAGUGUGGUUCUGUAUGCCUCUGGAGAGGAAACCAUGGCUGGAAGCAUAUAUUGGUCUCAACACGAAUAUAACCGAGGGGCUGUACACACACCACAUACGAGUGAUUGCACAAGCCCUCUCUGACAGAAUCAAGUGGGGCUUGGACCAAGUCGACAGUAUUCAUUUGCAGGGAUUUCAAAUUCAGGCCGGACAUCAGUACGAGAUCUCAGAUUUAAUGUCCCUAUCGUCGCAUUUACAGGAGCUGCUCGUUGGUAUACGAAGUCUAAAGAUGACGAAUUCCGAUUCCGCUUUGGAGUUACUUUCACAAUGGGAUCUGAAUAUCGAUCAGCUUGACAUGUGUGAUAUGAUGAUCGAACACCCCAUGGAUCCGAAAAUCGAGCGACGCAACGCCCUUCAGAGGCGCAGCAGACGAAUGAAAAGCCUUCUUCUUAAAGCAGUCGAUAUGAGCAUUCUCUGUGAUGCAGAGAUAGUUCUUGGUAUUCGAAUCCGAGAGACGGGACGUGUCACUACAUUUUGCUCUGACCCAGAAGGACUCUGGUCUCCUGAUACCUUGAAAUUGAAAAAUUACUACCCUAUCCCCGUCAAUAUGACACUAGACGAUUUUCCGCACGGACAAGGCCGGAAACAAGAGCAAAAGCUAGAAGAGAUAAACGACGAAGUUGGUGGAGAGGAAUGA